AUGCCCGUCGUCAAGGGAGGCGUGUGGACCAACAUCGAGGAUGAAAUCCUCAAGGCGUCCGUCAGCAAAUAUGGGCUGAACCAGUGGGCGCGCGUGUCGUCGCUGCUGGCGCGCAAGACGCCGAAGCAAUGCAAGGCCCGGUGGAAUGAAUGGCUCGACCCCAGCAUCAAGAAGAUCGAGUGGAGCAAGGAGGAGGAUGAGAGGUUGCUGCACCUCGCGAAGUUGAUGCCCACGCAAUGGCGCACCAUCGCCCCUAUCGUCGGCCGCACCGCCAACCAAUGCCUCGAGCGGUAUCAACGCCUCCUCGACGAGGCCGAGCAGCGGGAAGGGUCCUCCUUGGGCUUGAUGGGCCCGGAAGGCGGCGAGACCCAAGCGCCUUCAGCCGAUGACGUUCGCCGCCUGCGCCCAGGCGAGGUCGACCCAGAUCCCGAGACGAAGCCCGCCCGGCCCGACACGAUUGAUCUCGACGAGGACGAGAAGGAGAUGCUCAGCGAGGCCCGCGCCCGCUUGGCCAACACUCAGGGUAAAAAGGCGAAGCGAAAGGCUCGUGAGAGGCAGCAGGAAGAGUCACGACGGCUAGCAGCGUUGCAGAAGCGGCGAGAGCUCAAGACAGCCGGCAUCAACAUCAAAGUCACGACGCGCAAGAAGGGGCAGAUGGACUACAACGCCGAUAUUCCGUUCGAAAAGAAAGCAGUACCCGGCUUCUACGACACCACCGAUGAAAUCUCACGCAACGAGUUCCAGCGAACCCACUUUGACCCGAAAAAGCAACAAGUCGGCAACAAACGGAAGGGCGAGGAGGACGGUGACGUCGACCGGAAGCGAAGGAAAAACGAGAAGGAUGGGCCGUCUGCGUCUACUCAAGCUGCUAUCAAAGCCGGCCAGAUGCAGAAGAUCCGCGAAGCCGAACAAAGCAGCAAACGGAAAGCCCUAUCGCUACCAGCGCCGCAGGUCGGCGACGGGGAGUUGGAGGAGCUUGUCAAGAUGGGCAUGAUUGGCGAGCGGGCGAGCGCGUUGGCUCGUGACAGCGAUAAUGAUGCCACGCGAGGGUUAGUUGGGAACUACUCGACUCUCAACACAAACGCCCCCAUCAGGACACCCCUUGCGCCGGCUCAGGAAGACCACAUUGCGAACGAGAUCCGCAACAUUCGGGCGUUGACGGAGACCCAAUCGUCAUUGCUAGGUGGUGAGAACACACCCCUCCAUGAAGGGGCUGGGUCUACAGGAUUCGAAUCAGUCGCGCCUCGGAAGCAGGUUGUCGCUACACCAAACCCCCUAGCAACGCCUCUGCGGUCCGCUGCCAACGGCGUCGGCGCCACACCACUUCGAGUCGGGCAAACACCGCUCCGCACGCCCCGCGAUACCUUUGCCCUGAAUGCGGCCGACAAGGAUAUGGACAUGGUUGGGGGAACCCCAGCAGACAUUAGAAUGCGGGAUCUAUCCCUGCGCCAUCAACUCAAGCAGCGCCUCGCCGCCCUGCCCAAACCCAAGGAAACGGAUUGGGAGCUGGAGCUGCCAGAGGACCAACAAGAACCGUUAACGGCUGAGCAAAUGGAGGAGGAUGCCGCAGAACGUGACCGGCGGGAUCGGCAGCUCCUCGAGGCGCAGGAAAUGCUAGAGCGCAAGCGGCGAACGCAGGUGAUGCAGCGAGACCUACCGCGAGCCAUAGAAGUCGACUACAACGAGCUUGUACGGGCGGCUUCUAAAAUCGACGACCCUGCCCAGGCUCUUGUUGCGCGCGAGGCAGCUCUGCUUAUGGCGCACGACGCGAGCAAAUACCCGCUCGCUGGUGCUCCUCCAGUCAAACCAAUCCCCCUCCCCGAAAUGGACGACCCUGCUCUAGCAGAAGCGCGCCUCCAGGUCCUCCUCGAAAUGAAGUCUCAGCUAAAGCCCGAAGAAAUCGAGGCCGUCUGGAACAAGGAGAACAGCAACUCCCUACUUCUCGGUCUCGGUUGCUACGACGACGAUGACGAGGAGGACCAGGUCUCCACCAUGAAGGCCGCUCUCGAUUCUGCCGUCGACGCCCUCCUCGCCUCAGCCGAAAAAGGCAACAAGCUCGAGAAGAAACUCGGCCUGCACCUAGGCGGGUACAAAAACCGCGCCGAGAUGCUGCGCGGCAAGGUCGGCGAGGCGCACGCCGCGCUGGAGAAGGCGCGGAACGCCCUGGCCGGGUUCAAGAUCCUGGAGGCCAGCGAGCAGCAGGCCAUCCAACGGCGGCUGGCGGCGCUGAGGGCCGAGGUGGCGUUCGUGAGCACGCGGGAGAGGGAGGCGCAGGAGCUGUAUCGUGGUGUCAGGGCUGAGUUGGAGGAGUUGAGGAUUGCGGUUGGGGAUCGGACGUAG